GUCGGAUUCGAGAUCGGAGUACGAUUCCAUUAGCAGAACAGGCGAGUAUCUGUGUGACGUGUGGAUGUCCUCCGGAUGGAAUGGUCGUCGUGCACAUGAAGGAGGUGUGGGAAAGGGAUCUGCUGAUAUCGUUUUCUUCGGCGAUUAGCACCGAUCUGCGAGGCUAUCCGACAGAAGGAUCACAGCUUGUUGAAUUUUCUCAAUUCACAUGCGUAGGUUUCAAAUUUUUCUGUUGUCAGGGGUUUGAUGAAGCAGCUUGGUGCGAAGAGAAUGCUCUUUCCCGCGAUUCGCAACUUCUUUUGGUUGCUGUUUCUAUUGGUGAUGAGAUUUUGAAGAGGUUUUGAUGAGCUCGAAGGAUUUGUAGAAUUGAAGGAGGUGAGAAGACUAAGAAAACGACGAGGAUCACGUUGGCUACAACGACGGAGCUGGUUUGUUACUUCCUUUCGCAGGAGGUUAUUGUUGGUUGUUCCUUCACGCAGUUGACAUCAUGAUGAGAGUGGCGCACGCACCUAUUAGUGUCUGCACGCCUGUCACAACCAUUUGUGACUCUAGCUCUCACAAGCGGCGUGUCGAAUUUGGACAUUGUCGUGCAAGAUGGAAAGAUACGACCAUAAGAUCCAAUGGCGGGAGUAUGGAACCUGGAAGGUGGAAAGAAAUUCAGAGUCUAAGUCACUCGUCUGCAAAUGUUGGUGAUUUGGUAAGUGCAAGAGCUAAGCAUGCUGUGGACGAUAAUGCGGAAGUUUUAAUCGAAUGUUGUGAUGUUUACAAAUCUUUUGGCGAGAAGCCCAUCCUGCAAGGUGCGAGCUUUAAGAUACGACAUGGUGAGGCAGUUGGCAUCAUUGGUCCCUCUGGCACAGGCAAAUCUACUAUUCUCCGCAUCAUGGCUGGACUUCUUGCUCCAGAUAAGGGCGAGGUUUAUAUUAAUGGGAAGAGACGAGAUGGUCUGGACAGUGAUGAAGAUAUGUUUGGUCUUCGAAUUGGUUUGGUAUUUCAAAGUGCAGCCCUAUUUGAUUCGUUAACUGUUCGAGAAAAUGUCGGAUUCAUGCUGUAUGAACACUCUAAUUUGUGCAAUGACAGAAUUGCUGAGCUUGUUCGGGAAAGUCUAGCAGCUGUUGGUUUGAAGGAUGUUGAAGAGCGUCUACCUUCAGAAUUAUCUGGAGGUAUGAAAAAGAGGGUUGCUUUAGCCCGUGCUAUUAUAUCUGAUGGCAAGCCAGCUGAAUACUCUGAACAAGAGGUGGUAAUGUAUGAUGAGCCUACGGCAGGGCUGGAUCCGAUUGCUUCAACAGUGGUUGAGGAUUUGAUACGAUCAGUUCAUAUAAAUGGUCGUGAUGCUCAAGGAAAUCCUGGAACUAUAGCCUCCUACGUUGUCGUAACUCAUCAACACAGUACCAUUCGUCGAGCUGUUGAUAGGGUUCUAUUUUUACAUGAAGGGAAAGUGGUAUGGGAAGGUCCAACUGCAGAAUUUGACACAUCUGACAAUGCUAUAGUGCGACAGUUUGCGGAUGGAAGCCUACGUGGUCCAAUUCAGUACUAAGGUUCCAAAUGCUUUUCCUGCUACAACCGAGAAACUGUUUUAGACAAAUUGUUUUGAGUACUUCACUUUGUUCUCUACUAGCAUCAAUUUCUCCUCGACAUUCUUUAUCACCUGAGAGUGCUUGGAAAGAGAUGAAGUUUCUUGUGUGCACAAUGCCGACCUUGCACGAAAGACUUGCCGUCGUUUUUGUAUACUUCAAGAGGGAUCUCGGAAACCUUGCACGAGAGGCAGCCUCAUAGUAAACACAAUCAUUUUGGAAGCAAAAUCUGGACUAGGCUCGAAGUGUAUGUGCACGUCAGUGUGAAGGAGAAGAUGCGUGAUUGCUAUUGUGAUGGCGGCGGGGAGAAAAGAUAAAACAUGGGAACGUGGGGUGGAGACGGCUAUGAUGGCGUGGUGGGAGAGGCCAAGUGGCAAAUGUGGGGCCUUUAAAAAAGAGAGAUUACUGGAUUCUUAUGGCUCGAUGUGUCAAUUAAUAGCCCAUAUUACACACUCCAGGAGAGCACCAGUGUGUGGUUGCCAGGAUAUUUUACGGCACCAAGAGCACAUCGGGGUGCCUUAACCACCAAGGCACUGAGUACGUCUGCUCCUGUUGCUAUUGCUGUUGUUCUUCACGGUUUAUCGUAAGAUCUAUUCUGGCGAUUCCGUCCUGGUUCCAAGUGUAUCUUGUGUUGAAUUAUCUCUUCAGAUUUUUAGGCCAACAUGCUUUAUUUGUGAUUAGGAAGGAUGAAAGUUUACCUGUAUGGUUCAGCCCUAUCGAUUUUCCACUUGGGUAGGUCAUAGCCGACGGUCAUGACAUUCUUUCGAUCCCAUCCAGGUACAUAAUGUGUUUAGUCUUCAUAUUACUGCUUUGUAAGUUUUAUCUCAAAUCCCUGCGUCUACGAAUCGUAGUACCUUGAGACUAGGAGUUUGCAUGGA